AUGCCGGCCAUGAUCCAGCAAGUCAGCACUACAGAACCUGCCACCGAGAUCCCGGGUUCAGAAAAGCAGCCGUAUAUCGUUGCCGAGGUCCCGAUCUCCCAGGCCGAGAGUGUCCCCUCGGUAGAUGAUGGCUCAGGAACCGACUCUGGGGUGAGCUCGUCGCCGUCAAGUGCACCGUCGCUGACCGGCGAGAACGGCAAUAAGAAAACAAAUAUCUUGAGUCUCGACAAGCUGAGUCCGGAUACAGGACUUGGGCUGGGGUUGAACGUUGAGCUUGCUGAGCUUUUUGCAGAGAAUGUUGCUGCGAAGAUAUGGAAAGUCGCAGUGCGGGAGCUGGAGAAAGAGAACCCUCCUACAAGCUACCCAGAAUACGUAACUACAAGCGGCCCCCUCGCAAAUACCUACACAAUGACCGAGGCCGAUUUUUGGACCUGCGGGUUUUUCCCCGGCAGCUUGUACGCCCUCCUCGAACGCGCAAUGAAGUACCCCUCAGCCCUUCCUAUUCCUACCGCCCUUCGUCCAAACUUCAUAACACAGCUGGCUGCGCUAAGCCGCGAUUGGGCGGAGCCACUUCACGCGAUGGCGAAACGCACUGAUACGCAUGACAUGAGCUUCAUUAUCCAGCCAGCGCUGCGUAUGGACUGGGAGCUCACGGGCAAUGCACGAAGUCUAGAGAGUGUGCUGACGGCGGCGACAAGUUUAGCGAGUCGCUUCUCUGAGAAAGUUGGUGCGAUCAGGAGCUGGGAUGAUACGGAGAAUGCAAGAUAUACAUUUGAUAACAUGGAAGAGGACUUCUUGGUUAUUAUCGAUAGCAUGUGCAAUCUGGAUCUCCUUUACUACGCAGGGGCGCAUACUGGGGAGCAGAGACUAAUUGAUAUCGCGACUACCCAUGCGCACACCGUCCUCAAGGCUAUCGUGCGGGAUGACUGGUCAACGUAUCAUCUAAUUGACUUCGACUCCAAGACUGGUGCUAUAAAACAACAGCUUACGAACCAAGGUUAUCGCGACUGGUCUACGUGGAGCAGAGGCCAAGCUUGGGCUAUACUCGGAUUUGCCCAGACAUACACGUGGACGCACGACCCCGUGUUCCUCACGGCGGCGAUCUCCCUUGCUGAUUACUUCCUCACCCGUCUCUCCCAGGUUGCUAUCUCUGGCAAAUACAUCCACCCUUACGUCCCACUGUGGGAUUUUGAUGCUCCAGCUGCGCCGACGCCUCCUCGCGAUAGCUCCGCAGGCAUGAUCGCGGCAAAUGGUCUACUGAUCCUCCACCAGACUCUGCUCGGGGCUGGGCGUGCCGACGACGCUGUGCGGUUCCUCGCCGCUGUGCGGCGCAUCGUCGCGGACACAUUGGAACUAUCAUUGGCUACGAAAAGCGCCUUUGUAGUCCCGAUAGCUCACCCCACCGCGGAAUCUGGAACGUACCCAACUGUGAUCGAAGUAGAUGAUGGACGAAAAGAAGGGGAGGGUGUCGUCGUAUUCGACGCUAUUCUCAAAAAUGCAACCGCAAAUAAUAACGAAUUUUCGUAUAAGAUCUACAGUGACCAUGGGCUCGUGUAUGCGGAUUAUUACUUCUUGGAGCUGGGGAAUAAGCUGCUGAGAAUGGGGUUGUUGUAG